GUGAGGAGCUGCAACAACAUUGUUUACCCUGUUUGACCUCACUUUACAUUAGAGGACCGAUAAACUCCACCCGCCUGCCUGCUGCCCCUGGUGACAUAAAACAAGCACUCCUCUCACACUUUCCCCUGAUUACUGGCACAACUGGUGUUUGGUUUCACUUCCCUCCACUCCCUUUCUGUCUUUCAUUGCUUUGAAUCUUUGAAUAUAACGACUGAGGAACUUCCUCGUGUUUGCAUUUGUUUUUCAGCUCCCUGACCUGUUCAUCAGGACACACUGAGGCAUUGUUUUCUGAUUUUCUUGAGCCUUUUAACCCUCCAGCUGCCCUCCAGGGGUCACAUUCAGACAGUUUUCAUCACUGCAAGAGGAAUAAAGUCACAGUGCGGUAUUAAAUAUCAACGUAACUGGAAGUAAAGGCAGCUGGACGUCACCUCGAGAGGAUGGGGAAGGACGUGUGAUGUUCCCUGGUUGUCGAUCAGCUGUUGGACCUGAUGGCAGAGGCAAAGAGAGACACUGAGGCGAACAUCAUGACUCCAGACGACCUCCCCAGUGGUUCCAGUUUAACCACUAAGGAGCUGCAGCAGAACUGGAGGGAGGUGAAGAGGAAUGAUCGACCCGUCAGGCUGCUGUUUGAAAUCCCAUCAAGUCGGAUCGUUGAGCAGGCGCUGAGCAAAUAUGUGGUGUACCAGGUGGUGGUGAUGCGUUCCGGCAGCUUCGAUUCCCGCCGGGUCUCGGUGGAGCGCCGCUACAGCGACUUCUCCCGCUUCCACCACCAGCUGCUGGAGGAGUUCGGCGAGGAGCUGGAGGAGGUUCUUCUGCCCCGCAAGCUGCUGACGGGGAACUUCAACCCCGACAACAUUCAGGAGCGACGCCUGGCAUUGCAGGACUACCUGGCCAAGCUGUACUCCACCCGCUGCGUCCGGCACUCCCACCACUUCCCGGCCUUCUUCACCGAGUCGGAGCAGCGCCGGGGCCACAGCCUGAUCCGAGCCGGACAGUUCAGGGCGGCCGUGGAGCAGCUGCAGACGGUUCUGGAGAUCCAGGAGAAGCUGCUGCCGUGGCAGAAGCCCACCCUGGUCGUACCGACUCUGGCCGCCCUCGCCGUCGGCCACCGGGAUCUGGACGACCCGGAGCAGGCGUUCGGCUGCGCCCACAAAGCCCUGCCUCCGGUCAGACGCUACGGACUGAAGCAGUACCGAGCGGCGCUGCUGGAGCUGCUGGUGGAUCUGGGGUACCAACUGGGCCGACCGGUGGCCCAGAUGCAGGAGGAGCUGACUGCCCUGAGGGACGCCGAGCGGGGGGAGGCCUACUGCCGGUCCCUGAAGGAGCUGGUGAUCCAGGAGUUCCUCUGACGACAGAGCUCCCUGAACUCUAAAAACGAAAACAGUUUGAUUUUAAUAAACAACAGUUCACAGUAAUUUCACAGAUUUUCCCGCUUUUGUUAAAAUUACAGAUAUUAACCAGUAAAAUGACUAUUAAUCUUUUAUUCUAUCUCUGUGCUUAAAUCAGCAGAAAAGUGGUAAAGUUAAAAACACAGAAACACAAAGGUCUGGAAAAUGGAAUAUUCAUUAGCUGCUAUUUUACUGAUUUUCACCAUUUAAUAUCUAGUGAAAUUUCUUAACUGCUAAUUUACAUGUUCACCAUGAAGGAUUUUUUAAAAACAAAUUAUUUUAGAAAAGACUUAAAAAAUAAGUGAUUUAAAUAAGCAAAUAUAUGGUAAAGUUACAAAUAUUGAAACACAAAGAUUUGAAGAAUGGAAUAUAUAUUUAUGAACUAUUAUUUUACAGAUUGUCCCCAUUUAAUAUCAAAUGAAAGUAUUUUAAAAAUGUUAAUUUAUAUUUUCACUAUAAAGAAUGUUUUUUUCCAAAUUAUUUUUAAAAACUGCAAUUUAAAAAAUCAUUUUUAAACCAAAAGAAGUUUUGAAAAAUAUUUUUUAAAACAGUUAUUUUACAGAAUCAAGUAAAAGUACAUAUUUACAUAUACAUGUUCACCAUAGAGAACUACAUUUUUACAAAUGAUAAAAAAUACACUUUAAAAAAAUAAACGAUUUAAACGAGUAAAAAUAUGGUUUCAAAGUUCCAAAUACUGAAAUACAAAGGUUUGAAAAAUUCAUAUUUUAACAGUUACUUUACUAGUUUUCACAUUUAAUAUCAAGUAAAAGUAUUUUUGUUCACCAUAAAGAAUACAUUUUUCUUUCUUACAAACAUUUAAAGGAAUGCACUUUUUUUUUUAAAAAUUUAAAAUCAGCAAAAGGAUUGAAAGAGUGAUUUUUUAAAACUUAUUUGACAGAUGUUCCCUUUUAAAUAUCUAGCAAAAGUUCUUUAAAAAUGUUUAAACUUUACAUGUUCACAGUAAAGAAUAAAAUUAUUAUAAAUGAUUAAAAAACACACAAACUUUUUUUAAAUCAGCAAAAAGUUUGAAAAUGGAAUAUAUAUUAGUUAUUUUGCAGAUUUCCCCUGUUUAAUAUCUAGUAAAAGUAUUUAAAAAUAUUAAUUUACAUGUUCACAAUAAAGUUUUUUUAUGAAUAAUGAAAGAUGCACAAAUUAAACAUUUUUUAACUGUUAUUUUGUAGAUCUUCUCACUUUUGUUAA